CGGCGCUGCAGCUGAUCGAGAUCAAACUCGGCCAAGGCUGGUGAGUGCAGACUCCCGAGUGCCAGAGGCGGCCUCCUGAGUCCUGCCAAAGGAAAGAGACACCGCAAAAGACCAACCUGCAGCACGUAUCCUUUACGAAUACGAGGAUGAAGGUCCUGAUCGAUGGCCGAUGUAGUUAGCUGGACAUCUGAUCAAAAAGGUUCUCUUGCAAAUGCAACCUGCAGUCCACAUGCAAGAACAACAGUAACUGGUGAAAGUAUUCGCCACAAUCUGACGCAACAAACCUUCUGAAGCAGGGACUGAACGUGCGAUCAUUCAGAACCACUGUCAGCAAGCGCUCCUGAAAACACAAUUGACCGAGUGUUGGCGAUACGUUACAUGCACGGUACGGUUUUGAUGCUGUCCUUUUCCGCCCAGCUAGUCCUACGGGAGCACGGCCCACGGAGCAAGACGCAGGAAGAAAUGUCCGCAACUUUCGGCACAUGAGCAAUUACUUUGGAAGCUGCUGGUAGCAACUGUGACCUUGAUCGGUUUGCUCAGUCUAGCAAAUUCUUGUUAGGAACAUUUACUGGUUGAAGCCCUGUGUGUCUCUUGUGUGUCUCUCGAUUUUCGAUGGCGUCGUGCCCCGUUUCUGCUGGCUCUGCUGGCUCCACUGAUGGCGGUGGGGCGCGGCCGCUGGCGGUGGUGGUGGUGGGCGGCAGCAUCUGCGGCCUGGCAGUGGCGCACGGCCUGCUGCACGCGCUGCCCGGCUGCAAGAUAACCGUCCUGGAGCGCGCGCACCACAUCACCGAGGGGGGCGCGGGGCUGGGGCUGGACCGCGAGACGUGCGCCGCGCUGGCGGACUGGGGCCUCGCAGCGGGGCUGCAGGAGGCCAGCCUGCCGCUGGACGCAGAGAUCAACCGCGCGGUCAACAGCAAGACCAAGACGGCGCGGGAGAUCUACCGAGAUGACCACUACGACCACCGCAGCUGCCACUGGGCUCUGCUGCACCAGCUGCUGCGCGGCGCGCUGCCCGAGGGCGUGCUCCUGCUGGGCCACACGAUGACCGCCUUCGAGAGCAUCGACGGUGGGCGCAGGGUGCGCGUGCACGUGGCGGAGCGCGCAGAGCCGCUGGAGGGCGACCUCAUGGUGGCGGCGGACGGCAACAUGUCCAGCACGCGCGAGAAACUGGUGGGGGACAAGAGAAGGUAUGCGGGCUAUGUGGCGUGGCGCGGCGUGAUGGCCGCGGAUGAGGAGAGCAAACAGGCGACGGAAGACGAUGCCCAGCUUGGAGAAAGCAAGCACAGCGGGGCGGCGGCGGUGGCGCGUCACCUGCAGCACGAGUACCCGGCGCUGGGCCGCGCGCUCUACUUCGACCUGGCGCACCACACGCACAGCGUGCUCUACAUGCUGCCAGGCACCCGCAUCAACUGGCUCUGGUACGUGAACCAGGCGGAGCCGCCCCUGUCGCCGCACUCGCUGACGGUGCAGCCGGACGCGGCCCAAGUGGAGCGCAUGCGCGAGGACGCCGCGCGCACGUGGACCCCGCCCAUGGCCGCGCUCAUGCAGGCGACGGCGCGGCCGUUCAUCAACGCCAUCUUCGACCGCGACCCCAUCUCCCGCUGGGUCUUCGACCGCGUCGUCCUCGUCGGCGAGGCCGCUCACCCGGUGACGCCCCACGGGCUGCGCGCCACCAACAUGAGCAUCAUCGACGCGCACACGCUCGCGCGCUGCCUCAAGGAGCACCUCGCGGCAGGCGGCACCGCGCGCGACCUGGACGCGGCGCUCGACCGCUUCCAGAAGGCGCGCAUCCCGGUCACCACGCAGGAGGUGCUGUUCUCGCGGUACCUGGGCCAGCUGAAGCAGGGUCUCGUGACGGUGCCGGGCAUCCACGACUGGGACGGCGCCGACGAGAACCAGGCCGCCGUGCUGGGGCAGAAGCACAUGCACCACUUCAACCCGCUCGACUGAGCGGUGGAGCGAACGACUACUUAGAAUAGGCUCGCUAAGUACUCCACGACGGCAGCAGGGCGGGUCAAAGUAGCUUCCAUCCACAUUAUGCGCGUGCAGAGUAGAGCUUUAAGCAGGCGGCCAGAGCAGGCUGACAACAACUUCAUGUGCCAUGAUCCUGUCGCAUGAAGUGGAGGUAGGACGCGCGGAAGAUUGCAGAGAGCACGUGGGGAAUCUUGCUUUUCUCCGCCAUUUCCACCGAGUGUUUGCUCCUGCACCAGUUCAGGGCAUCAGCAUGAUGCAUUCCACGGACCGCUGGUGGCUCGCGAGCAAGAGCUGCGCUUCGUUCGUGGAAUAGCAAAGUCACAAGUUACCCGGACAAUGCAUGUGGUAUAUUGGUGCCGCAUCCAAGCCUGAGCUGCAGUAGAGGCAUUGUCGUCCUUGCUUGUUUGGCCGGAGUUUUCAGCAACCCGUUUUCAG